GGUUUAGUUGGUUUUUUUGUUUUAUUUCUUCGACCAGAAACCGAUGAUGAUUGGCAAGAUCGUUUUUGCCUUGGCCAUCGUUUCUCUAUCUGGCGCCACUGUCCUUCAUAAUCUACAAGGAUUUGGACAUGGUCACUCAUCAGCUUCAACAAUAGCCAUCGGACAUGUAACAGAACAGGUACUCUCUUCGAUUCCUGUUGUCCAAACAAGAGUGGAACCUUACGACCCUCAUCCAAUUUAUGGUUAUUCUUACACUGUCCAUGAUGGACACACUGGCGAUUCAAAAUACCAAAUCGAAACGAGAAACGGCGACUCUGUAAGGGGCCAAUAUAGUUUGACUGAGCCUGACGGCAGCAGACGCAUUGUGGAUUAUGCCGCAGAGCCUCAUACAGGAUUUAAUGCUAUUGUACAUAGGACUCAACAUUAAUUUUUGCUUUAUUAGUUAGGUAAGAGUGCCCUUGCCCUGUAUUAUUUAAAUAUAAAAUUAUGAAAAAUAA